AUGAAACCUCGUCUAACAGCUCUUCACCGAAUACCUUUAUCCACUAUGGCUGGCCGCGCAGUAGAUUGCCAUGAUAUGCGCCCACGGAGAUUCGCACCUCUCGACUCCACCAUACAAUCGGAUGCACCCCCACUAAAGGGCAUUGUCUUCGAUGUCGAUGGGACAUUAUGUCUUCCACAGCACCACAUGUUCACCGAAAUGAGAGAUGCACUAGGGAUAGACCGCUCAAUGGAUAUUCUCCAUCACAUUAACAGUCUCCCUGUGGAAGAUCGUGCCACAGCAGUCGCAAAAAUUCAGGCCGUCGAACGACGCGCCAUGAUAGAUCAACAGCCACAACCUGGUCUUGUGCAGUUGAUGGAGUACCUCCAGUCUAGAGGGUUGAAGCGCGCUCUAUGCACACGGAACUUUGAGACCCCUGUCAAAUACCUUCUACAAAACUGGCUUCCUGAACACUCUUUCCUACCCAUCAUUACUCGGGAUACACCAAAUGUGAUUCCCAAGCCUGAUCCUGCAGGUAUUCUGCAUAUCGCUCAAGAAUGGGGCUUGAUGAAUCGUGCAGAGAAUCUGAUUAUGGUUGGAGAUAGUAUCGACGAUAUGACAUCAGGCCAUAAGGCUGGUGCGGCGACUGUGCUAAUUUUGAAUGAGAAAAAUAUCCAUUUGAAGGCACAUCCGCAUACAGAUCUUUGUAUCAGCAGAUUGGAUGAUUUGAUUAAUAUUCUUGAGAAGGGAUUCGUUGGAGACCGAUGUGAAGAGACGCACGGACAUUGA